CCCGGAUCCUGGAUCCCCCCGCCCCUGCACCCUGGUUCCUGGCCAUUAAUAAAUCCGUCCGUCUCCCCGUCCCUGCUAUUUGAAGCCGAGGAGCCCCGCACUUUCACAUACACAGACCGCUCGCAGCGUUGCAUCUGUCUGCCGCGGCGUGUGUGCCUGCGUUAACGCGCGUGUGCACCACUAAAAGAGAGAGAGAGAGAGAGAGAGAGAGAGAGAGAGAGAAAACGGGUGAGCGAGCCAGCGAGGAGAGGGAGAGAGAACGGGAGAAGGGAAAAGCGAGCGAUCGAGAGAAAAAGGGGGAAAGAGACGCCGAGUGCAUGAGAGCAAGACAAAGCAAUGAAAUUCAUCGGAGCCGUUUACCUCCUGUUCCUCAUCCCCGCUUUAAGCUUCAACAGCAGCUAUGAGGGGCUGGAAAAGAAGCUGAAGGAGGUUUUCACAGAGAGGACAGGAAUUUUACGACAACUCUCCAAAACAUCAAAGGAGUUGGACAGCAUAAAGGGGAACUUGCAGUCUCUUAAAAAUGAUGAUGCUGUGCCCAAAAAGGAUGUUCAGAGGAUCCUAGAGCUCAGUCACAAGCAAAGGGAUGAGAUGAAGUCACUCCAGGCAGCUCUGCAGAAACAACUGGAUGAUGCAGCUGAACGUGCAGAGAAACAGCAGGCCACUAUAAAGUUCUUAAAGAUGGAAAUGGAAAAGAAGACCAAAAUCAUCAAAGACCUUCAGCAAGAGAAUAAAAGCCUGAAGAACAAACUUCUGUCCGGGAACAAGCUCUGUGACAUACAUGCAGAGGAGUCCAAAAAAAUCCAAGCCCAACUGAAAGAGCUGAGGUAUGGCAAAAAGGAUUUAAUUUUUAAGGGUCAGCAACUGAUGGACUUGGAGAAUAAACUCAAAGUAGCUAAAGAUGAACUGGAGAAGGCAGCGCUGGAUAAGGAGUCACAGCUGAAAGCCCUGAAGGACACUGUGCAUAUCUGCUUCUCGUCUGUCCUACACAGCCAGACAGGAAGUUUACACAGAUUUCCAGCUACACCCACCAACCUGUUGAGGUAUUCUGCCCUGGUCAACAAUUCAAGAGUCACCUUUCAGCAGCCACAUGCAAAGGACAUCCCGAAAGUUCCCCGGAUCACAACAACAAGUAAAUUGCCUUUGAGCAGUGCGGUAAUGAGGAGAGAGAGCACAGGGCCGAAAGACUGCCAGAUGGUGAAGGUGGGAGCAGACUGUUCCCACAAUCAGACCGAGAGUUCAUCUGAGAUGAAAAAGACAUUUGGACACAGUCAAGCGAAGACCCCAGAGCAGAUCGGACAAGGCCAGGCAAGGACAGCAGAGGAAAGUGUGAACACAGACGGAGACCUAAAAAAGACACAAAUGGACAAACACAACUAAAGGGACAGUGGAAGACUUGGCAGAUUUUCUGCAUGGUAAAAAUGAUGUCAGAUCUGUUUAAGCCCCUCUUCAUUCACUGAGCUUAUAAGUACACACACACACACUCACACACACACAUGACUGUAAGCAAACACUAAGCAAACACAAACAAUGACAGACACAAACACAAAUUACUCAGUCUAACACUGCUAAUGUAGAAAAAGAAAUUCCCAAUUCGAUUUUGAACUUUCUUAAUAAAAACCAACUGCAUAGUAUGGCAUGCAUUCUAGAGUUUUAGAUAUUGAUUUUACAAGGUUACGAUGGUACUGGUUGUUUUUAAUAAUUGUUACUUUUUUGGUUCACUAUUUUGAUUCUUUUUUUUUUCUUCUUCUUCUUCUCCCAAAGUGAGGACACAAUGUUCUUUGAUUUGUGUUGUUUGUAAUUAAAACUAUUUCUGGCACCGCAGACCAGAAUUUCAGUGUUAAAGGUCACGCUGGGGGUCAUUUGAGUUCUGUAAAUUUACACCUGAGGUCAAAUUCAAACUUUUGUCUGAGCAGCUUCUGAAAAUACUGAGCCAUGCUCUGAAUGCAAAAUAGGGCUGCACGAUUUGAGGGGAAAAAAACAGUGAUUUUUCUAACAAAAUAAAUAAUAAACAUAUUUAUUACUACAGUAAUAAUUCACUAUAGAAUAAUUAUGAUUUUUUUUAUUUGUGUUUUUACCUUCUCAUGUGUGAAAGU